AUGGCGCAUGCCUUAGCGAAUCUUCGUUCGUGUGUGCAAGAAUUUCAACUACAAGAUCACGAAGAAACUACUUCAAACAUACACAAGCGUUGGUGUUCAAAGAAUCUCACUGCAGAAAGAUACAAAUUUUUCUGCAUGAGACCGCUAUCAACUCAAGAAACUCAUGAUCAAUGGGUUACUCGUUUAAAGACUAAAGCUAGAGACUGUGAGUUUGAUCAAAUGAACAUGAAGGAAGCAAUUACGUUGGUGGUUACUCUACACACACCGAUUCCUAAAUUGCAAACAGCUGUCAUACGAGAUGAUAUGACUUUCGACCAAAUGAUGAAACUGGCACAAUCUAUGGAGCUGGCUCACCGAGAAGUUAGCUACAUGAAGGCAAACACAAUGGUACCUCAUAACACUCAAUCGGCGGAGAAUAUCGACUUAACAAAUUGGCACAUUAUGCUGAUCAGCAAGUUGUGUCGUUAUUGUGGAGAAACGACACCACAAAAAGGAAGUUGCAAAGCAAGAGGUGCCACAUGUAAUAACUGUGGCAAGAAAAAUCAUUUUUCAAGAGUUUGUGAAAGCAAGAAAGUCAACUUGCUUAUUGCACAGCCAGGACCACAAGGAGGGUCAUUUUACGAAUAUGGACCAACAGAAAUUAAACUUGAUGCAGUGAAGGAGAAGCUACGAACCACCAGUGAAAACUAUCCAUCCACUGUAAUCGAGGUAAACAUCGACAACACCAGGAUCACUAUGCAAGUAGAUUCGGGGGCAGAUGCAAAUGUAAUUCCAUGGAAUGUUUAUGAAGAACACUUAAAACACAUUCCUCUUCGAUCAACCAAGGCGAAACUGCAACCAUACAACUCAGUUACAUUACCAAUCAAGGGGGCAUUUGAGGCACAAAUCACUGCCAACAACAACAACAAUGUCCAGGCUACCUUUUAUGUAGCAGAGGGAGCUGCUGCACAAAGUUUAAUGGGCAAAUACACAGCUUUCGAUUUAGAUGUAUUGGCUAUCAAUGUAAAUCAUCUUGACAACCAACAAACUGUAAAACAGGUACACACCCAAGUACAACAUCUAGAUUAUAGAGAAAUGGCCAAACAUCUAACUCCCAUAGAGACAUCGGUUGAACUUAAAAAGUAG